AUGGCCGACGCUCAAUUGACUUGCAGCCGGGCCGACGACUUCGUCCUUGUCUGCAGGCCCAAGAAGGGAACCGCUUUUGUUGAGGCCCGACUUAACGAUGGCUACACCUACACCGACAAGGGCUGGCAGCAGAUUCUCGCACACCUGGAACGCGAAUUGAGCCCCGAUAAGCUCAACGAAGAUGCCGUCAUCUCCCUUGAAACAGAUCUGACGGACACCUCUCUCUCCAAGUACGUGCCCCAGGGCAUAUUCCAGUCCUUGCGAGUUGUCGACAUCCAAGGCCUCGACCCAGCAACCCGCCAAAUCUCAGCUCGGGAUGUUGCCAUCAAAUUCAAUCCCUACAAGCUCAGCUCCGAGUUGCCAACAACAUACGACCACGAGCAGGUCGUCGUCCUUCCAAACUCCAAGCUUGACGGUCUCUGGGAAUUCUCGGUCAAAGACAACCAUCUGCGAUCGGAGCUUUCUCGAUGGGUGAAGAACUUUGCGAAGGCUAUACAGUCACGAUCAACCAUACACAUAGUCCUGAUUGACAGCAUCGAGAGCUACAGCUGGACAAGGAGAGCCACAGUCUCCCCAGAGACGGACACCAAAUUUCAUGAAAUCACCUGCUCCAGUGGUUUCGACACUCUUGCAGCAAUCCCAAACGUCGUGGUUAUCUGUACAUCGAGAACGGGCAACUUGCCAGUCCACAGCCUCCCUGACCCCUCCGGCAAGCCAGUCAGAUUGGCAUAUCUGGCACCCCUGACAUUGCCUCGCCUGGAUCUGGCUCAACGCUAUGAUGUUUUGUGCAGCCAAUUCCAAGCUUACAUGGACGCCGGCGUCAUCACCUGCAACGACAAGCUUGACGACUGUCUCGGUGCCAUCCGCGACCGCGAGGACGGGAAGGCUACUCCAAGUAUCCAAAUUCUCGAGCUUGCAGAGCACGUCGGGGACGACAUAAGCGCCCGACUCGGGGGACAAAUAGUCAUCCUGGCUUUAAUGACCGACCUUAAGGAAGAAAGAUGCGACAUGGCCACUGCGGUGAGUAUCGUCUGGAGGUAUCAUACGCGUCUUGGUGCCGAAAGAACAACUACUGCCAAUUAA